UAAUCCAGAAACUACUCAGUCGAUCGCAGCUGGCCUUUGUAUGUUCUCGGAGGCUGAGAGGCAAAUGAGGGUUUGCGCGGGCCCUUGGACUACGAAAAAAACACUAAGUACCCGAGACGACAACAAGAAGAGCGUCACACAAACUUGCAGGCUUUGCAACACUCCACAGCCCGAUUGCCUCCCGAAAUCACAACGCCAUCUUGCCCUCGGCCCAUUCAAUACUCCUCGCCCAAUCUGUCGCUACCUCCAUUUCAUCACCUUCGCACUCCCGGCGCCGAGCUUUUUUUGACUCACGAGAGACAGCAGAUCGAUAACACCAGCAACUCGCCGCUGCAACUUCCCCCGUUCAGUCUCUGCCGUGACGACUUCUUAUCCUCCGCACACUCCUAGCGACACGCGCAAUGCCCUUCUCCCCCGCGAAGUCGGAACACUCCGACACCCAUAAUAUGUUCCCGGAUCAUCUUUCCGCGAAAACUGUGCACCGUACGGAUCGCAAAGCCAUAUACCUCAUUACGCGCAGGACCCGCCCGAUAGAUCGCGAUUCGAAGAACUCCACCUGUCACUUUCAACGGCAUGCAUACGGCUAUGCGCGGGAACUUCACAAAAAUCGUCACGAUUGGCCGUUGGCGAAGUCAAUCUAUAAAAGUGAUGAAGAAGCCGAAGCUCCAUUGUUGAGCGAGCAUGUUGCGACAGAGGCCCGUCGACCUAUUGCAGGUCGAGUUCCCCAUAAUCGCAUUACCAACUACGCGUUUACCAAAAUCGUUGCCAUUAAUACUGCUGGCAGUUGUAAGGUAUCUUGGGGACUCUCCUUCGGUCCUUGGAAACCCAUUCGAAGAUCAUUCGCUAAGUCCACACUUCCAAGCUCCUCAUAUGCAGACUAGGCCUAACGUGAAUGAAUCAAUAGCUUUAUGCGCUCGCGGAUUCAACUAUGCAUAUCACUACGAAGUAGCCGCGAAUCCUACCGGCUCGUCUAUCAUC